CCCGCUCUACAGAAGAACAAGAGCAGCAGACGCAGUUUGUCGUCGGCACCGGUGAACACUGUGAACCCCUUCUGGAAGCCAGUCUCCACUGAAUCUUCACCCACUGCCAGUUCUCAGCAGCAGCAUCUUCAACUUCCAGCUCGCUCCGUUGGCAUCGUACCUCCCCGGCCUACUAUCUUCUGCACGCUCCUCGGCGAAAGCUCCAAUUCCCAGGAGCCCUCGAAUCAGUCCGUGGUCGAGUCCAAUGGCUCAAGGCGACUAUGCCGUGGAUGGUAUCGAAUUUCCUGCAACCAUUCAAGUGCCAGACUCUCCACCUCUCAAAUUUCUCGGCCAAGGAGUGACUGAUAUGACCAUCGAAACCAUCCUGGUGAAAUUCACAGCAAUUGGUGUGUAUGCCAGUGAGGACAUUAAGGGUCAUCUUAAAGCUUGGGGAGGCAAGGCCUCCUCUGACUUGACAGCGGAGGAAUCUGGUUACUUCAAGGACUUCGUCGAUGCUCCAGUGCCCAAGCUCCUGAAAAUCGGAGUCAUCAAGGGCAUUAAAGGAAACCAGUACGGUGGAACUCUAGAGUCCUCAAUCCGAGACAGGUUGGCCUACGAUGACAAGUACGAAGAAGAAGAAGAAGCCGUGGUCGAACGUAUUGUUGAGUACCUGGAAACUAAGAACCUCCCACCUGGCUCCUGCAUGUUCAUUUACUGGCCUACCCCAGACGAGAUCAAGAUGUCGGUGUCAACAGACAACACUAUUCCAGAGAAGUUCGACUUCUCUGCUGUCAACAAGAACGUUGCGACCUACCUUCUUCACUGGUACAUGGGUGAGAACGCAAUGUCGGAGACUACAUCAGCUGCGUUGGCCGAAGGCGUUGUUGCCUUACUGGCAUGAGCUAGACAUAAUACCAAACAAUGUAAACUUCUGCCCUCGUGUUCGUUUGAUGAGAUAUGAUUUUAGUAGGGAUAGUCUUCGUGAAAGUAGCGUAUAUCAUCGUACACAUGUACAGAUUCGAUUCACUCGUAUCGAUCGCGAAUCGAUACAAAUUACACAGCUUUCAGUUAUGGCUCUCCGUGUCUGUGAUGCCUCGCUUCUGUUCUGCUUCAGUUGGUACAGAAAUAUUGUGGAAACUGCGAUAAAUCACAGAUCUUUGAGUCUCUUUGA